GCGCUUGGCCCCAAGCCCAGCAGCCGGGAUGCCAGCAGCGUGGCCACCCCACUGAGGGACACGCUGGCUGCAGAGGCAGCACGAGGGCUCUCGUACAGCGCCCGGCUGAUAGCACAGGCCAGCAUCGAGCCUUUGGCCAAGGGCGGCCACAACGUGCGCGGCGUGCCGAGGCCGCUGCUGCCCUGGUGGGACGUGCUGCAGAGCCUGUCUCCAUGCCAGGCUGAGGUUCAGGAAAUCCGGGCUGCGUCCCUGGCCCUGUCACAGCAUGCCUCUAGCAGAGAGCGAGUCUUGCUGCUCAGGGUAAUAGUCCAUGAUGUGAAUGAGCUGACAGAAAAGCUGUUUCCAAUUGUCGAAGCCAUGCAGAAACACUUCAGUGCAGGAUCAGGGACCUACUACAGUGACUCAAUCUUCUUCUUGUCAGUUGCAAUGCAUCGCAUCAUGCCCAAAGAAAUAACACAGAUCAUCCAGGUAGACUUGGACCUGAAGUACAAGACCAACAUCCGAGACCUGUUUGAUGAGUUUGAGAACUUCCCGGAGGGAGCAGUCAUUGGGAUUGCCAGGGAAAUGCAACCAGUGUACAGGCACACUUUCUGGCAGUAUCGCCGCGAGAACCCCCAAACCAAAGUGGGGGACCCCCCUCCCGAUGGGCUACCUGGCUUCAACAGUGGCGUCCUGCUCCUCAACCUGGAAGCCAUGAGGCAAUCCAAGCUCUACAACCAGCUGCUGGAGCCCACCAUGGUGCAGAAGCUGACAGAGAAGUACCACUUCAAGGGCCACCUCGGGGACCAGGAUUUCUUCACCAUGGUGGGGAUGGAGCACCCAGAGCUCUUCCAUGUGCUUGACUGCACAUGGAACCGGCAGCUCUGCACAUGGUGGAGGGACCAUGGAUACAGUGAUGUAUUCGACCAGUACUUCCAGUGUGAGGGUGAGGUCAAAAUUUACCAUGGGAACUGCAACACCCCAAUCCCUGAAGACUAGGGCACCCGCUGCCCCCGGAAGCAGCUCUGACUGCAGUAAGCCCUG